CUUUAGCAGUCCAGCGUAGUAAUAAUCAUGAAAUACAAUGAAGAUCAGAUUCGCGCAGACUCGGCUGUUUUCGUCGUGUUUCGUUUUAGUGCAUUCGAACGCGCGUUCAGACGACGAUGCUACUUUCCGAUGCAAAAGAAAAUAAUGGAAGGAAAAAAGUUAAAAUGAAGGUUAAGUGAGCAAACGCGGCUCUUUUUUCUCCUCUUCUCUUUUUACUCCAUCCUUCUCUCUUUUUUUGCUUUCAAGCUUCGCGCAAAAAUCAUUAAAACGCGUGCCCAAUUCAUGGUAGCAACACCCGCACUCAUACACACGUUUAAAGGCUAUUUGACAGAGCGCAGUAAACAAGAUGCAAUAACAAGAGCGAAAGAGAAAGUGCAAGAAAAGUUGGAAUUGAGGGUGGAAGGGGGAUGAAUAAAUAGGUGGGGAUAGAUUCUCUGAUUGUAAGUUCUUCGAGCCGCGUAUUUCUGAACGGUUUCGAAAUAAUAAAGUUUUAGCUGCUUCAACAAAAGGACUCGACGAGAAUUUGUUUUUGAACGGAGCAUGAACUAUAAAGACAGAGAUAUUUGGGAUAACAAGAAUAAUCAAGAAGACGAGGAAGAGGACGAUUUGAUAGUAAUAGAAAGAAAUCAUUGUAAUUCACGUCUAAUUGGGAUGGAAUGGACUCGGGAUAAAACCUUGGAACUUCUUCGAGAAUAUCAACAGAGACGCAUACUUUGGGAUUGGAAUGCUCGUGGUUACAGGGAUAAAACUAAACGUAAACGCGCGAUUCAAGAACUCGCUGAGAUAUUAUCUUGCAAUAUUUUAGAAAUCGAGAAGAAAAUUACUAAUUUGAAGUGUCAAUACUCGAGGGAGUUGCACAAAAUUGAGAAUAGCCGGGAUGUUGCUACCAGGCCAGACGAUGUUUACGUUUCCAAGUGGUUUGCGUUCAAGCCAAUGCAAUUUCUUCAAUUCGGUUCUCGUCGGUAUAAUAAAAGAAAGAAGAAAGUCGAAGAAGAAUCAAAUCUACAAGAAGAAUAUCUUGUAAGCGACAUCGAUCCAGAAUGUAUAACAUUCGUCGACUGUAACGAAGAAACGAAUGGUUCUACGACUGGUUCGAUCAAUGAUGCUUCAUUGAGCGAAGAUGCUGAGGAAUUAUCCUCGUCAAGUUUGAAAACAAUGGAACUUUACAAUUCUUCGUUACCAAGGUCGAACAAUCCGCUUGACGAUCUCGAAGAAACCGAACAAACGUUGAACCUUGAAAGGACAUCACCGAAUCAAACGAAAAAAACUAAAGAAGAAUUUGUUAAGUUUGGCGAAAGCAUAGCCGUGCAACUCGCUGAAAUACCGGACUCUUAUUCCAGAUCGGUCGCGAAGUUGAGAAUCAAUCAAAUUUUAUUUGAAGCCGAAAUCGGCGUAUAUGCGUAAAUACGACGCUAAUUGACUUAUGUCUAUCGUGCAUUUGAUAUAUUGAUAACUUCAUAAUUAAUUAAUUAAUUAUUUGUCCUCUCAAGGAUAAAAUUUUGAGAUCUUGGGAACAAUCUGUUUUUACUAUAUAUAUAUACAGAUAGCCCUCCUACAAUACGGUUUCCUUUCAAAAAAAAAAAAACCUUUGUACAACACUAUACUUCUACAGCCGCGAUGAGGCUUGCCGUCUUAAAGAUACAGUGUUGAGGAAAGUAUUUCCUUUCAUCUCCAUGGCCUAAAAACAAAACUCUCCUACAACGCGGUUUCACACAACACGGUAUUUUCUAGGAACCUAUCUAUCGUGUUAUAGGAGGGUUGUCUGGGUUCAUAUAUAUAUAUAUAUCUUAGUUUAACGAAUUUUAUUCAUUUUGAUAUUUCUUUGAUUAAUAUUUAA